AUGCCAGGGGGGCAGUACCAGGUGUCCACCAGGAGGAGGACUCUCCACAGCCGCUAUAGCCUGUCAGUCAGCUCGUUAGGUCGGCAGGAUGAGGAGGAGGAUACCCCGCCACCAUGCCUCAGCCCGCUGGAGAAGCUCACCACCAAAAUGUGUCAGGAUGAGCAGACCAUCAAGGAGCUGAUCGUGGGCCGUAGGAUUGGCUUCUACAAGGUCCGUGGUGAGAUCGGCUCUGGAACCUUCUCCCACGUCAAAAUGGCCUUCCACUCCCUCACCAAAGACAAGGUGGCCAUCAAGGUGCUGGAUAAGAUGCGGCUGGAUGUUCAGGCCCAGAGGCUGCUCUCCAGGGAGAUCUCCAGCAUGGAGGCCCUGCAGCAUGCCAAUGUGGUGCGUCUGUACGAGGUGGUCGAGUCACACAGCCGACUCUACCUGGUGCUGGAGUAUGCCGGGGGAGGGGACCUCCACACACACAUCUGCUCCGAUGGCAAGCUGUCAGAAGCCGAGGCCAAGAUCACCUUCGCACAAAUCCUAUCCGCCAUCAAACACAUGCACGACAAAAACAUAAUCCACCGGGACCUGAAGGCUGAGAAUGUACUGUACACCUGUAAUGGCUGUGUGAAGGUGGCUGACUUUGGCUUCAGCACCAGGGUCACCAACUGCAGUGACACCCUGGACACCUUUUGUGGCUCUCCCCCCUAUGCCGCGCCUGAACUCUUCAGGGACGAGUGCUAUGUGGGGCCGCCAGUGGACGUAUGGGCCAUGGGCGUCCUGCUCUUCUUCAUGGUGACUGGCACCAUGCCCUUCCGAGCCGACACCAUGGGCAAGCUGAGGCUCGCUGUUAUAGAGGGGGUCUACACCCUCCCGCCCUGGGUGCCAGGCCCGUGCCAGCGGCUGAUUCGGGGCAUCCUGAAGCCUGUGCCAGCGGAACGCUAUGCGGUGGACCAGAUGCUGGGCUGUGACUGGCUGCUUCCUGUGGAGUACCCGUGGACUGUGGUGCCACCGGUCCCCCUCAACCCUCUGCGCCUGGCGGAUGCAGAGCCUGGGGAGCUGGAUGAUGAGGAGGAGGAGAUCAGGGCCUCCCUGGAGGAGCUGGGUGUCAACAUGGAACACAUACGCAACAACGAGGGCAAGGACAGCCGCAGCCCCAUCACCGGACUUUACCGCAUCCUCUUACACCGCGCCCAGAAAAGGCGUGGCGCUGAGACUGUGCCUGUGGUCGGAGGGUUGGUCCGGGACCCUAAGAGAGAGGGCCUCCGAGCUUACAGAAGUCUGAUGCACUCCUCCAGGUUAUGUGUCCUUCAGUAAGUGACCAGCCUGGACAUGGAUCCUUGUAAGCCUGCUUUAAUCCAUUGAAAAUUCACUCAGGGUCAUACAGCUACAAAUGUUUGUUUGCACUUUGGGAUGAAACUGAACAUGUGUUUUGUGUGAAUGUAACACAGGAACCUCUGUAGAUGAACAGUUGUGGUAACGCACAGAUACUGAAACAUUGGAUUGCUGGUCAUGAUGUCUUUAACAAAGUAAGAUUGUUAUUGGUAAUCUUUUGUGAAGCUGAAAUAGAGGUGUAAAAGUGCCUGAUGAAAUGAGUCCCAUCAAAAUGAAUUUAAAAAGCACCCUUUUUAGUAUAUAAGUGAUACUUAUAUACUUUUAUUCAUAGCACAAUAGAGCGCAUGAAAUAUGAAGAAUGUGCUGAAAGAGCAUUGCUUUUAGACAACUCCUUGGUUGUUUGAUGAAACAUCGAUAGUCUCUGAAAUCAGUAUGCUUGUUUGUCUUCGUGAUGUU